AUGGUUGCUGCCGCUGUCCGGAUGCGCACUCCGAGUGCCAUGUUCAUGUCUCGAGGCGCCGCCUCUUUGCGGCGCCCUCAGGUCUCCUAUAAGUUCCAGGAGGUCAUUCAAUCUCAAUUGCCCGCCCUGGCCUCGCUCUCCCGUUUCUAUGCCUCCAAGUCUUUCCCUCCCCACACUAUCAUCAGCAUGCCUGCUCUGUCCCCAACAAUGACCGCGGGAAACAUCGGCGUGUGGCAGAAGAAGGCUGGUGAUUCCCUCCAGCCUGGUGACGUGCUGGUGGAGAUUGAGACCGACAAGGCGCAAAUGGACUUUGAGUUCCAGGAGGAAGGUGUUCUCGCGAAGGUGCUGAAGGAUUCUGGCGAGAAGGACGUCGCUGUUGGAUCGCCCAUCGCUGUUCUCGUUGAGGAGGGUGCCGAUGUCUCUUCUUUCGAGUCUUUCACUCUGGCCGAUGCUGGCGGUGACAAGGCCGCCCCGCAGCCUGAGAAGGAGGAACCCAAGAGCGCUGAGUCCGAGGCCCCGGCUCCCGCCCCCGAACAGCCUGCCUCCUAUGAACCUGAGACUUCCGGCGACAAGUUGCAGCCCAGCUUGGACCGUGAGCCCUCGAUCAGCCCUGCCGCCAAGGCUCUCGCUCUCGAGAAGGGUGUUCCCAUCAAGGCUCUGAAGGGUACUGGCCGUGGCGGUGUGGUUACCAAGGAGGACGUUGAGAAGUACCAACCCACUGGUUCCGCCGCUUCUGCUGGCCCUACCUACGAGGACAUCCAGAUUUCUUCCAUGCGCAAGACCAUUGCAAACCGCCUGAAGCAAUCCAUGGCUGACAACCCCCACUACUUUGUCUCUACCACCCUGUCCGUCACUAAGUUGCUUAAGCUGCGCCAGGCUCUCAACGCCUCGGCCGACGGCAAGUACAAGCUCUCCGUCAAUGAUUUCUUGGUCAAGGCCUGCGCAGUGGCUUUGCUUAAGGUCCCCCAGGUCAACUCCAGCUGGCGUGAGGAGAACGGGCAGACCGUCAUUCGCCAGCACAGCACCGCUGACAUCAGUGUUGCCGUGGCUACUCCCUCCGGCCUGAUCACUCCCGUCGUCAAGAACGUUCAGGGUCUCGGCCUGUCCAGCAUCUCCAACCAGAUCAAGGAUCUUGGCAAGCGUGCCCGCGAGAACAAGCUGAAGCCCGAGGAGUACCAGGGCGGUACCUUCACCAUCUCUAACAUGGGCAUGAACCCCGCUGUUGAGCGCUUCACUGCUGUCAUCAACCCCCCUCAGGCUGGUAUCUUGGCCGUCGGCACUACUCGCAAGGUUGCCGUUCCCGUUGAGACCGAAGAGGGUACCGUGACUGAGUGGGAUGACCAAAUCAUCGUGACUGGCAGCUUCGACCACAAGGUCGUUGACGGUGCUGUUGGUGGCGAGUGGAUCAAGGAGCUGAAGAAGGUCGUUGAGAACCCGCUCGAGCUUUUGCUGUAA